AAUUAAUUGUUCUUUACACACUAUUUGUCCGAUUUUUAAGUGAUAAAAGACUUUAAAACUGAAGUCUCCUACUCUUGUCUUCAUUCAUAGUUAUGUGGAGUUCACCAAAAUAAUUUUCCAGCAAGCUAAGUAAAAUAAUGAUGGGGAAAACUUGUUGUUGCAUUCUUGCAUGUAUAGUCUUAUUCCAAAUGUCUUAUUAUUGCCUAGCCAUAAAAUAUUCAACCACCCUCGAAACCGAUAAAUCUGCUCUUCUUGCCUUGAAAUCUCAUAUCACUUUGGAUCUUGAUAGCAUACUAGCCAAAAAUUGGACCAAUUCGAGCUCUGUCUGCAACUGGAUUGGCGUCACUUGCGGUUUGCGCCAUGAUCGAGUAACUGCGUUGAACAUUUCCUACAUGGGUCUUUCAGGCACAACUCCACCUCAACUAGGAGAUCUCUCGUUCCUUGUUUCACUCGAUUUUAGUUACAACCUUUUCAGUGGUGUCCUGCCACAACAAUUGUCUCUUCUACGCAGAUUGAAGUUUAUUUCUCUCGAAGUAAACAACCUGAGUGGAGAGAUACCAUCGUGGUUAGGCUAUUUACCUAAACUCGAGCAUCUAUCUCUAUGGAAUAAUAGCUUUACCGGUUUCAUUCCAAGUUCCCUCUCUAAUCUGACAAAUCUACAACUUCUUGAUUUUUCUUUAAAUUCUCUUCAAGGAAAUAUUCCGCAGGAGUUGGGGAGGCUUCACAAUCUGCAGACUUUAUUCAUGGAAUUCAAUCAUCUCUCGGGUCCUAUACCGUCAUCCAUAUUUAACAUGUCGGCCUUAAAAGCUAUAUCUUUCACACAAAAUGAAUUGAGUGGCAGCCUUCCAAGUGACUUGUGCAGUCAUCUUCCACGCCUUGAACGAAUUUACCUAUCGGAAAAUCAAUUGAGUGGCGAAAUUCCAUCAAAUCUAUCCGAAUGUUCACAACUUCAAAUUGUCGGACUGUCUUACAACUCCUUCAGUGGACAGAUACCACGGGAAAUUGACAAUUUAAAAUUUCUCCAAAUGUUAUAUCUUGGGGGUAACAACUUAAGUGGUGUUAUCCCGUCCGAGAUUGGCAAUCUUCAAAACCUAGCUCAAUUAGCCAUUGAACGAAACCAGAUUAGUGGCACAAUUCCCCUCACUAUCUUCAAUAUUUCUUCUCUCCAAGGUUUAAACUUACAUCAAAAUAAACUGUCUGGAAGCCUCCCAAAAGAUAUCGGAAAUCUUACAAAUCUCAACCAAUUGGCCAUCUCGUACAACAACUUAACAGGUGUGACUGAGAAAAUAUAUUGGAAUACUUUGAGUUUCUCCAUAUUCGCAGUGUUUAAUAUUUUAAUAUUAAUUUUUUUUUUUUUUUUUUUUGUAAUCUUGACAGGUAGUUUACCGCGACAAAUUGGCAAAUUGUACCAACUGGAAACAUUAAUAUUAGGCUCUAACAACUUCACUGGUUUUAUUCCAUUGGAGAUCUUUAACAUGUCAAAUCUUCGAAUCAUUUCACUUUCAGCUAAUAGUCUGCCAGACAGUCUUCCAACUAAUUUCGGUCACGGGUUACCUGUUCUUGAAGAACUUUACCUCAGAGGAAAUGGCCUCAGUGGAUCAAUACCUUAUUCGAUCACUAACUGUUCCAAACUCAGAGUUAUCGAACUCAGUGAUAACUUUUUCACUGGUUUUGUUCCUCAUUUUCUCGGUAACCUAAGAAUGCUUGAACGUCUACACCUGUUAAACAGCAAUCUAAGGACCGAAUCAACUUCUUUAGAAUUGAGCUUCAUAACUUCUUUGACUAAUUGCCGAUCUUUGAUUGUGCUCAGAAUUGCUGAUAAUCCUCUAGAGGGCAUCAUUCCAGCUUCCGUUGGGAAUUUAUCUACCUCCCUCCAAGCAUUCGAUGCCUCCAAUUGUAAAAUUAAGGGUAUCAUCCCUUCAGAAAUCGGCAAUGUAAGCAGCCUCGUUACACUUUCUUUAUCCGAAAAUGAGUUGUCCGGUAACAUUCCACCUACUGUUAGCCAUUUGCAAAACUUUCAAGGACUAUAUCUAAAGAGCAACAAUCUGAUAGGUUCCAUUCCAGAGGGUUUUUGUGAUCUACAUAGCCUGGUUGAACUAUCUUUAAGUCGUAAUAAAUUUUCCGGUCGAAUACCGGAAUGUUUAGGAAAUAUCACAUCUUUGAGAAGUCUCAUUCUAGAUUCAAACAUGUUGACUUCAAGCAUACCAUCAAGCGUGUGGCGCCUCAAAGAUCUGCUGGAGCUAAGCUUAUCCUCGAAUUCCUUGAUCGGAUUUAUAUCUCCGGAAAUAGGUAAUUUAGUGUCAGCAAACUACAUCGAUCUAUCAAUGAACCACUUGUCGGAUUCUAUUCCAAGCACAAUCGGAAAUUUAAUAUCUUUGAGUGGUAUGUCUUUGGCACAUAAUCUACUGGAAGGUUCUAUUCCCGAGUCCGUAGGAAAGAUGAUCAGUUUGGAAAUUAUAGACUUGUCUUACAAUAACCUCUCUGGUUCAAUUCCAAAAUCUUUGGAAAAACUUCAAUACCUUGACUACUUUAAUGUCUCUUUCAAUGCUCUGAGAGGAGAAAUUCCCACCGGUGGUCCUUUCGUAAACUUCACUAUAGAGUCUUUUAAGGGUAAUGAGGCAUUAUGUGGAAUCCCAAGGUUCAAUCUUCCAAUUUGCAAUCAUAAUGUUUCUAAACACAAGUCAAAGAUGAAAAGGGUGCGAUUAGCUUUAUUUAUUCUUGUUGGAGUUGUUGCUUUGGUCUCGCUUAUCUCUUUGGCCUUCAUUUUCAUAAGAUACAAACGAAAAAGUAAGACAGUCAAUGAGAUUGACGGGCUGGGAAUUCCCACAGUACCAGAAAGAAUUUCGUAUUACGAACUCCUACAAGCAACUGAACAAUUCAGUGAGACAAAUUUACUGGGCAUGGGGAGUUUUGGUUCUGUGUACAAAGCCGUUCUAAGAGAUGGGAAGAUUUUGGCUGUCAAGGUCUUCAAUUCGCUAUCAGAAGUUGCUUCUAAGAGCUUUGAAGUCGAAUGUGAGGUAUUACGACACAUCCGCCACAGAAAUCUCACCAAAGUCAUGAGCAGUUGCUCUAACGAGGAUUUCAAGGCACUGGUACUUGAAUACAUGCCAAAUGGAAACCUCGACAAAUGGCUAUAUGCACACAACUAUUGCUUGGAUCUAAUGCAAAGAUUGAACAUAAUGAUUGAUGUUGCAUGUGCGUUGGAAUAUCUUCACCAUGGAUAUUCAACUCUCAUUGUUCAUUGCGAUUUGAAGCCAAGCAACGUGUUGUUAGAUGAAGAAAUGGUUGCCCAUGUCAGUGAUUUUGGGAUCGCGAAAUUGUUGGGCGAAGGCGAGAGCACCAUUCACACCGACACCUUAGCAACAAUGGGUUACAUUGCACCAGAGUAUGGUUUGGAAGGGCUAGUUUCGACAAGGUGUGAUGUUUAUAGCUAUGGAGUGAUGGUGAUGGAAACCUUUACGAGAAAAAGGCCGAGCGAUGAUAUGUUCGGUGGAGAUUUAACCUUAAAGAGUUGGGUUCAAAGCUCACUUAACAACAAGUCAUCAAGUGAAGUUAUAGAUGUCAAUUUAUUGAAUACGGAAAACGAUCAAGGCUUUGAGAAAAACGUGCAAUGUGUGUCGUCAGUACUGGAGUUGGCUUUAAGGUGUUGUGCAGACUCUUUUGGUGAUAGAAUAAACAUGAAAGAAGCUCUAACCGAGUUGCAGAAAAUCAAGGUUGGUUUCCACGCCGGGAUUAAACCUGAAACAGAGUUGUAAGGCCUCAUACAACUCUGUUGUUGAUAAUCUUGUCCUAGUACAGCUUCAACAAUGUUAAUUAAGCAUUUAUCUACAAUAAACUGUGUAAUAAUUCAAGGAAGAAUAAUCCUGUAUGUUAAGCACUUGAUGAUGUGUUUGUGUGGUGGUAGAUUUUGUAAUUUGAGAAAGUUUUGUAAUAUCAAUCAGUCCGGAAAAAAAUAAAAGUAGAGGCCGAAUUGUAAUUUGUAAUCUGAAACUUAAA